CCACUGUGCAGCCUGUACGGAGUGAUCAUCGCAAGGUACAUGCGUGCUAAAUCCCUCACCAUUUGUGUGAGAUUUUUCACCUCGCUGCUGGGCAGACCUGGACAGCGGUUGUUGGCUCCUGUUCCACAUUUUCCCAGUAUGGCGCAUGACGUUUGUAAUACAGUCGUUCCAGACAUCGCUUGGGCUGUUGUGUGCUGCUGUCGUGUGCUGCUGUUGUCCUGGGUCUGUGUUCGAUGGAUCGGGACCGUCCUGCGUGGUGGCUGCUUACCGGCGCUCCCGCUACCACCGUGGUGUUGACCAUCGCCGGCAGAACAGCAAGGACCGCCAGGACCAGCCAGGAUGGCUAUUAGAACGUCAAACUCAUUGUCAUCAACAUCGUCUUCUUAAUAGCAACUGCUAUCCUACCCGGCCACGCCAGGAUGAUGCCAGGAUAUACGGCCCGAGCAGUUCGGCUAGAUAUCACGGCUACCUAUACUAUGGAGUAAUAGCACCGACUAGAGGACGAGAACAUUCCCCGCGAAUCACGGCAGUUUCACGUCUUCCUUCUUCACUUCUACAUAUCUGGCCUCUGUGAAAGUUGCGCGGAGAGGCAUAAUUUGACGAGCCAUCCUUUGGAGAGGCAUCAUGUAACCAGGGUCCUUCAUUCACGCCUUCUCGCUUUCCCCGUUUCCAUCUUUUGUUGUUAAUUUCGUGUGGAGAGCUCUAAUGUGUCCUGCACGUCAUGCGUACAUCCCGGGCUCGUUCACAACGCCGCAUUUUUCUUGUGGGCACGUACGCUGGUACUAAUCUAUAAAUACCACAACUUCCUCCCACUGGCGACAUACUUUCUU